AUGUUGACAACUUUGGAUCAACCUGAGAUGAUUGAAGUUACCAACAGAUGUGGGCGAAAGCGCAAAAAACCUAAAGAAAUAGCUCGGUACAACAGCUUCAUGUCAGGCAUUGAUCGUGCUGAUCAAAUGAUCAGUUACUAUUCUUGUCCUCGGAAGACGAUAAGAUGGUACAAAAAAGUUAUUUUUCACAUGUUGGAUGUCGCUGCCUGGAACGCAUUCUUCUUAUUCAAAAAGUAUGUUAUAAAGAAUAAUGUCAAGAAAUACGGAUAUGUUGAAUACAGAGAUAAUUUGAUAAGAAGUUUUACGAAACUUGGUGAUGUGGUUGGGAAAGACCUUGUCUCAGUUGACGCAUGA